AACGCCCCGGCGCCCAGUGGCACCAGGAACAUUGACAAUGUUUUGAGAAGCCCGGACUGCGGGCAGGCCCAGUACAAUCAGGGGGCGCAUCGCAUCGCAACUUGUCUAUUUUCUUGAAUGCAACAUCCGAAAAGGGAUCGACUCUAUAUGGCCCCUUGUUCUGCCAUGAGUGCUUUGCAAGUGACAACUGGCGGCGUGAAAAUCGAAGAGCCCCGCUCCUUGAGUAAAGGGAUACAGAGCACUGUGAAGCUGGCGGUGGAGGGAGAGAUGGACAGACCCAAAGCUCCGCCUGCGCCUCUCCCUUUCAGUGUCGAGGCGCUCAUGUCUGACAGGAAACCCAGCAGGGACAGCUCCACAUCGGACCUGCCGUUUGUCGGCCCCUCGCGGAACCUUAGCCCUCGGACCGCUGGUUUAUCGGCUCAGGAGACGCUACCCACAUCCCUGCCGGUGAACACCUCCUACACAGUGGAAGGACUGUUAAAACUGUCCGAAGACGCACUUGUCAAAUCGGAGAGCAGCGACCGACAAGAUCGGGCGGCUUGGAUACAAGACUCGCGCUUUUCUCCUCCCAGGAGAAUGAGUCCGCCAGCCUGCACCCUGAGAAAGCACAAAACCAACCGCAAACCCAGGACCCCGUUCACCACCUCACAGUUACUGGCCCUGGAGCGGAAAUUCCGCCAGAAACAGUACCUGUCCAUCGCCGAGAGAGCAGAGUUCUCCAGCUCCCUCAAUUUAACUGAGACUCAAGUGAAAAUCUGGUUUCAGAAUCGCAGGGCGAAAGCCAAACGACUGCAAGAGGCCGAGCUGGAAAAACUGAAAAUGGCAGCCAAGCCCAUGCUCCCACCGGCUUUUGGAAUUAGUUUCCCCAUCGGUACUCCAGUCCCUGCAACAUCCCUGUACGGAGCUCACCACUUCCACAGACCCACUCUACCAGUGUCGCCGGUCGGACUAUAUGCCGCUCACGUCGGAUACAGCAUGUACCAUUUAGCUUGAACGGAGUCGAGCGAAGAGAGAGAGAGACUUGAAAUAACACACGCACGCAUACACAUCCUAUUGACACCCCCUCCCCUUCUUCCCCAUCCAUCUGCAAUGAUUCCUCAUUGGGAAGGAGUUUGUGUACUAUGUAAUAUACUGUAUAUUUGAAGUUUAUCGUUUAUAUUAUGCAUAUAUUUGUUAAAUAAAUGUAAGUGUUUCAAGUA